UCCGGCGCCGCUGAUUUGGGGCUCGACGAAUACCUGGGCCCCUAUGGCGCCGCCGAACAGGAGCAGCACCAGCCGCAUCCUCCGCCGCAGCAGUGUUUACAACACAUAGAAAAAAGAUUCUUGCCUGAAGCAGCUAAAGGCAACACCCAAACUCAAUAAAAAUCGCACCACUCGAACUCAUCUGAAAACGCAUACGCCUUGUGGGCGUGCCACAAAUAUCCGAAGGCGUCUGGCGCAGCGUUUUGCAGCAAUUCGAAAUUGGAACUUGUAUGCUUGUAUGGUUUUAUUGGCCCACUGGAUCACUGGUUUCAAUCAACGGAAAUUUCAGAGUUCGCGCUGAAACUCAAAUUAAUUAACGCGCAACGAGUGUUAGCGUUAUUGAUAACCCAACCAACCAACCAACUGCUGCAGCGCUGUAAGGGGAUAUGGAUAUAGCGCAUACGCACCGUGCGCCCAACAAAUGCCACACUAAUUGCCACCGCACUCGACCUUCCCCACAGAUGCGCCAGCAGACCGAAGUUUACGGAAUCGUGGAGCCGCUGAUUGAGGACACGCCCUGUGCCGACCGACCCUGCCUCCUCAACGACGAUUGCUGUCCUUCCGGAGUUUGCGUCAGCACAUACGGCGAAGGCAAAUGCGUAUAUGUGUUUGGUCGUCAGCGGGAUCUGUGCCAGGGACAUGCGGACUGUCCGCAGGGCAGCUCCUGCAUGCUGGUCCCCCAGGAGGGAGUGUGGCGAUGUGAGCCGAGCGUGGAGUCGGGCGGGGCCACGUCGCUGCUGGAGGGCAUAUUCGGAGCGAAGGAGCGUCAACCGCUUGGCAACGAGUGCAGCAGCAGCAGCGACUGCCAGGUGAUCAACGGAAUGUGCUGUCAACAGCAGCGUUUGCACCACCGGGCAGCCAUCAAGCUGAGCUGUGGCUACUUUCGCGAUGCCUUCGACUGUGUGGAUAUGGUCGGAGCAGAGCGUCGGCGCAACUAAUGAUCAAAGUUCUCGGGUUGCAGAGCUCAGAAAACCGAAGGAAAGUAGCCAAACAGCAAUGGAAUCGGAUAAAUGAUUGAGUAUGAAUUACUUCAAUAUUGAAACAUAUCCAGUUGUUAAACGAAUAGAUAUCAAGGUCAAAUUGCUAUAGCUUAGAGAGAGCAUUUGUAUUUCUAUAAUCUGCAUAUGAAUAUUUGCUAUUACUCAAACGAUCUUAGACAUCUAGAUGUGUUUUUAGUAGAGACUCCAAAUAUACUGACUGAGGCAUUCAAUGUUAAUAGCAGAAAGAAGUGUAUUCCAAUGCAGUUUUACCAUACUUAAGCAACAAUUAAAUCGUUUCACGUCUAAAUGUAAAUCGAAUACAAUAAAAGCAUUAACAAAUAUCUGCACUUUCACUGGAAUUGUUAA